UGGAAACAGUUUAUAUAAAUUCAAAUUAUUUUAUUCGCCAAAUUAUUUUUUGUUAAGAAAAAAAACAUUUUAUUCAAAAUUAAAGUUAUAACAUCAAAAUGCCAGCCGAAGAAGUUAAAGAGCAGUACAUUGUUAAAUCAACACGCGAUCCAAUCAAGAUUCCUGAAUUGACCUUGAGUGAAUAUUUAUAUCAGAAAAUUAGUGCCCAAGAUCCCGAACGAAUAGCUUUAAUCGAUUCACAGGAUGGAACAAAAUUAACUUAUGAACAAUUAAAUCGAAAAAUUCAACAAUAUGGUCAAGGAUUUUUGAAUUCAGGAAUCACUAAAACAGAUUCGAUACUUUUUUUCGCUGAUAACAAUCUCGAAUAUUUUUACUCACGAUUUGCACUCAUUUAUUUGGGUGUUGUUUUUGUGCCCGCAAGCCCGGGCGAUGGAGCCUAUGAAUUGGCCAAUAAACUACGUGAUUCAAAUGCAUCCAUUUUAAUCAUUGAUCGUUGUCAUGUGGAGACAGUUUUGUUUCUAGCUCUUGAGAAUGAAAAAUAUGCAUCUGUUAUUAAAAAAUUGAAAAAAAUAAUCAUUUUUGAUUCAGAUGAGAAUAUGGAAAUGAUUCAGAAAUUAAAACAACAUCCAAAAACUCCUGAACAAAUAAUAUCGAUAAAACAAAUUUCCGAAAACCAAAGCGAUCAUUUGGAAAGAAUUCCUUAUUUUGAAACUAGUAAAGACGAUUGUUUGUUUAUUGUAUACACAUCGGGCACAACCGGAUUGCCAAAAGGAGUAAUUCAUACACAUUUUACAAUGGUGUCACUUAUUGAACUAUAUAAGCCAGUCAUUUGCCCUGCAAUUUACUCAUUUUGGUUUCCGAUGGGACAUAUUUCCGGAUCGAUAGUUAGUUGUUACAAUCUAUGCUAUGGAAUGACAUUGGUACUUGAAGCUGAUUAUAAUCUUGAAAAUUUACUCUCUUCAGUGGAAAAAUAUAAGAUUACACAGUUGGUUAUGUCACCAAGUCAUUCGACUGAUUUGGCACGUGAAAAUUUUCAUUUGAAAUACAAUCUUGAAUCAUUACGUAUGAUAUCAUAUGGUGGUUCAAAAGUUCCUCAAGAACAUAUUGACGAAAUUCAACAAAAAUACAAUGUAAUGAUGUUCAAUAUGUAUGGUUCAAGCGAAAUGAUGGGCCCAACUUGCAUGUGCUUUGAUGGCACUGAUCCGCCAGGAACAGUCGGUCGCCCGAUUUCCAAUUGCGAAAUAAAGAUAGUUGAUUUGAAAACAGGUCAAAAUUUGCCGCCAAAUUCGAAUGGUGAACUUUGUUGUCGAGGGCCACAAAGAUUUGUUGGCUAUUUAAAUAAUGAAGAGGCUACUGCCAAAUCAAUUGAUUCUAAUGGCUGGUAUCAUAGUGGUGAUUUAGCCUAUUUUGAUGAGCAAGGUAAUUUAUUUAUCAUGGAUCGAAUCAAAGAGAUGACUAAAUUUCGCUUUUGGAGCGUAUCGCCAAUCGAAGUUGAAGAAUUUUUAUCAGGACAUCCUGCGGUUGAUGCUGUAUGUGUUGUUGGUGUGAAACAUCAAAUAGAAGGACAAUGGUUACGAGCAUAUGUUGAAAUCCGUCCAGGUCAUCAAAUUACCGAACAAGAAUUGAUCAAAUAUGCCAAAGAUAAUUUGGGCUUUCAGAAACAACUUCGAGCUGGUGUUAAAUUUGUCAAACAAUUGGGACGAACAUCGAUCGGUAAAGUUGAUCGUAAACUUUGCCGUAAAUGGAUUGAACAUGAGCUAUUGACCGAUCCGGUUGAAGAUUGAAAAUUAAAGUAAAAUUUUUCGGAUAUUUUUAAAAUUCGAUUAUUAUUAUAUUGUUUAA